CUCUCUAUCGUGCCUUUUAUCAUCCUUUUCCCCACUCCUCCAUGGCUUUUUUCUCCUUAUCUCUCCUAGUCUCCUUGGCUCACCACCCCCUGUGCAUCAAAAGAGCAGUCAUGUCGUCCCAUGGUGAUGUGUAGCAGAAGCAACAGCGGCAGCAGUAGUACUACUGAAACACACAACCCUACAAGAGCACAAGCAGCAAAGGGCCUAGGGCUGGUGAAGCCCAUGGAGGAGAUGCUGAUGGCGGCCAACGCGGGCGCCGCAAAUCCGAGCCAAAGCUCGAAUCCGAACCCGCCGGCGCCGGCGCCGUCGUUGGCACCUGGGGGGCUCCUGGGCGGUGGCGCGCCGGCGCCCCUGGCGGGCGCGGGUAGUACCGAGCGGCGCGCGCGGCCGCAGAAGGAGAAGGCGCUCAACUGCCCGCGGUGCAACUCCACCAACACCAAAUUCUGCUACUACAACAACUACAGCCUCCAGCAGCCACGCUACUUCUGCAAGACGUGCCGCCGCUACUGGACGGAGGGCGGAUCCCUCCGCAACGUCCCCGUGGGCGGCGGCUCCCGCAAGAACAAGCGCUCCUCAUCGUCGGCGUCGGCGUCUGCCUCCACCUCCGGCUCGGUCACGAGCUCGUCCAUGGCCAGCACGGCGGGGGCCGGGUCCAAGAACCCGAAGCUGGCGCACGAGGGCGCCCACGACCUCAACCUGGCGUUCCCGCACCACGGUGGCCUGCACGCCCCCGAGUUCGCGGCGUUCCCGAGUCUGGAGAGCAGCAACGUGUGCAACCCGGGCGGCGGGAUGACGAGCAACGGUCGGGGCGGCGGCGCGGGGCCCGCGGUCGGCGCGCUCUCGGCAAUGGAGCUGUUGCGGAGCUCCGGCUGCUACAUGCCGCUGCAGAUGCCGAUGCCGAUGGCGAUGCCAGGAGAUUACACGGCGGCAGGGUUCGCGCUCGGAGAGUACCGCACGCCGCCGCCUCCACCGUCACAGAGCGUGCUCGGGUUCUCUCUCGACGCGCACGGGCCGGGGUCCGGUGCUACCGCGGCGGGGUACGGUUCCAGCGCGGGGUUGCAGGGCGUGCCGGAGAACGCGGGCAGGUUAUUGUUCCCCUUCGAAGACUUGAAGCCGCCGGUUGGCUCUGAAGGUGGGGGUGGUGCAACCGGUGGCGCCAGCGAUGGAAAUAGCAGCCAUACUCAGUUUGACCACAACAACAAGGAGCAAGGCGGCGGCGGCACGGGUGCCGGGCACGACACGCCGGGGUUCUGGAGCGGCAUGAUCGGCGGCAGUGGCGCUUCUUGGUAAUGGAGAAACAUGCACGGCCGGGGGGCGGCGCCAUGCAUGGCUCAUGCAAAGGCUCCCUGCGAGCGUGCAUGGGCAUGCAGUAGAGACAAGGGUUCAAUAAGAGGUUGGCAUUGGUGGUGGUUGCCCUGACAUGGGAGUGUUUGAUCUCUUUCCUAGUACUGGGUCCUGGUGGUGUUCUUCGUCUUUUCUCGCCGUCGUCGUCGCGAGUUCAUGUGUGUUUUGCUGACCAUCGACUUUAAUUGGGGCUCUAACACACCAGAGGUCAUGUUACAUAAGCUUGAUCGACAUCUCUCGGUCGUCUUUUCCCAUUUCUGAUCUCUCACUAUAUCUGCCAUUGUUGUAGCUGCUUCACUGGGGCUUGGGCAGCUUGUUUUUGGGCUGGCUUCAAGUUAGGAUGGUACAUCAGUGUGUUCAGGCCACACAUUGGCACAAGGUUUAGUGAAUCAGUGUGUUUGGCUGGUAACAACAACGGCUGCAGUAUGUGAACUCUGAAGCUACUGGUGUAGAGUUAGAUGUUAAUUACAAGGGGACUUGCAAGUUUGUGUAUCCAUCUAUCCAAAUGAUUAGAGAGAUUCAUUUUGUUUUUGACUUGUUACUCAUAUAUAUAAUAGUAAGUACUUUCUAUGAGAACAAAGGCUGUGUUUUUUGAGCGCAUGUAAUGUGUCCUUUAUUUGUAUUCAGUGUUAUAAACUAAAUAUGCUCCGUA